UCUUGAAGGGGGCUGACGAACGAGCCGCGCGCGUAUCAAAUAUGAAGUGGUUGAUUUUAAGGUUGUUAUUGCAAAUGUUAGUUGCGAUAGUUUGCGUUAGCGGCGUACUAAACGAAACAUGUACCACAACGUCGCUGCAAGUUGGGCGGUGUGUUUUGCCGAUCAAUUGUGAGUACGCGUUGAAAAUUUUGCGAUCAACUUACAUCUCGGACGAGGAAUGGUACUACCUUCACAACAAUAAGUGUGGGACGAUUCGCGAAGGGAGGAUUCCGAAACCACUGAUAUGCUGUCCAGUGGUUUCCAACGUGCCAUCCUGUGGUGUAUCGGUGAACAACCGCAUAUUCGGAGGCGAAGAAACGGCAUUUGGGGAAAUCCCAUGGGCUGGUUUGAUUCGGUACAAAGUGGGCAAAAACCGAUUCGCUGCAAAGUGUGGAUGUACACUUUUGAACUCUCGUUGGGUGCUGACGGCAGCUCACUGCAUUACCAGCGUGCCCAGCAGUUGGAAGCUUCAUCGUGUCGUAUUUAGCGAAUGGAAUGCGAAUAAAAGAGCUCCGUGCAAUCCUGAAGUGACUGAAACUAAACAAUGUCGAAAGGAGUAUUCCAUUGAGGAGCACAUCAUUCAUCCCAUGUUUGAGAGCGAUUCACUUAGCAUGCGUCAUGAUCUCGCCAUGAUCAAAACGGAAACCGAAGUGGAAUUUGAUGAUUACGUUAAACCCAUUUGUCUUCCGUUCAGCAACAGAAUACAAGAACUUCCAAUUGAUGGAGAACUAUUCACUGUAACCGGAUGGGGGCAAACGGAGCUCGAUAAUAAUUCUGGAAUCCAGCGUCACGUAGAAGUGUUUGGUAAAAACAACAGCGUUUGUGAUAAGGCUUUCGUACCGAUUGGAAUAACUCUCACGGAGGACCAGAUCUGCGUCGGCGGAGAACGCGGAAAGGACUCCUGCCGAGGAGACUCCGGUGGCUCGCUGACACGUCAAGAUGGACUCAUCAACUACAUUGUCGGAAUAGUGAGCUUGGGGGCGCAAAAAUGUGGCACCAAAGAUCAUCCCGGCGUGUACACCAAAGUGGCAAACUACUUGGACUGGAUUGAAGAAGUUAUGAUCGCGUAGAAUAAAUAAAACUAUUAAGCCCCACCCAACAAA